AUGGCUUCAGCAUUGUCUCUUCAGAUCCAGUGUCCAGUUUGCUUGUGUGAUUUCACAGAUCCAGUGAGUUUACCUUGUAAGCACUCUUACUGUCGACAGUGUAUCACCAGCGUCUUGCAAAACAGCGUCAGUCAAAGCAAGUGUCCGGAGUGUAGGCUACCCUUCAGUCAAAAGGACAUUAAAACUAAUCGACCUCUGAGAAACAUGGUAGACGUCACCAGGGAACACCUUCAGAAUCUAUCAUCUCAGGAAGACAUGUUGUGUCCUGAACACGAGGACAAACUCAAACUGUUCUGUGAGACGGACUGUGAGCUUGUUUGCCUCAUUUGCAAGGAGGAAGAUGAGCAUCGUGGGCAUACUUUCAAACCUGCCAAAGAAGUUGCAGAGACUUCCAAGGAGGAGCUAAAAGGAGCUUUGAGCUUCCUGGCUGACGAGAACAGGCAAUUGAGCGAGAUGAUCCCAAAACAGGAUGCUGAGAUGGUGAAAACCAAACACAAAUAUAAGAACCUACUGGCAUUGAUGUCGGCUGAGUUUGAGGGGCUGCAUCAGUUCCUGAGAGAGAAGGAGAAAGAGGUAAAGAAACAUCUUGAGGAGGAGGAGAGUAAAGCCGUUAUGUCCAUGCAGAGAAGAAUGAGUACGAUCAAGGAGCUUCUGAAGGAAGGAAAAGAACAGGAGGACGAAUUACAGUCUGCCCUACAAAUAUCUCACGCUGACCGCUUUCUCCAGUGGUGGAGUGAAACUGGUUUUGCGGUAGUUGAACAAAUAAAAUUGAAGGAAAAUGAAAAAAGCAGCAAAGCGACCCCUUCAUCAGCUGUGUACGCAUCAAGGUUGGGAUCUAUUAAAAUCACCCCCGACUUCCUCACUUUUGGUCCUUUUGAGACUCACCUGUCAUUCUUUAUUUGGAGGGAGAUGCUGAGAUCCAUAAAACCAGUUGUGAAAUGUGCUACUACGAUGGACAGUAAUCUCAAACUCUCCUUCAGCAAAGAUGUAGAACAACAAGAUGGUAGUGAGAAUGUGUUUGCCAGAUUCCCUAAAAUACAAAACAGAUACAGGGAUGACCGUACAGAAAAUCUGAGGUCGGGGCAGUGGUACUGGGAAGUGGAUGUUGAGGUGGACCCAAACUGGAAUCUCGGUCUUACUGUCAGGCAUUAUCAAAAACGGAGGAACAUUCCAGUACUCUGA